AUGGAAGCCAUCAAGUCUGCUCUGAACAUUGGCUCCAGCAAGCCUGCCGCCAUCGAGCCCUCUGCCGAGCAGCUUGCCCAGCUUAAGGAGAAGUACACCAGCGCUGGACAGGAUCACGUAUUUACCUUUUACGAGGACCUCUCUACCUCCGACAAGGCAACCCUCUUCGAGCAGUUGUCUGGUUUCGACCCCGAGCACAUCAACAAGAUCACCGACCGCGCCCUGAACCCUCCCAAGAACGAAGAUGCAUCCACCCAAUCCGGCCUCGAGCCGCUGCCCGAGUCUGCCACCGCCAGUAUUCUCGACUCCAAGACCGAAGACAUUGAGAAUUGGUACCAGUCGGGUCUCGACCUGAUCGGACAGAACAAGGUAGCCGUUGUGCUGAUGGCAGGCGGUCAGGGCACCAGACUAGGCAGCUCAGCACCCAAGGGCUGUUACGAUAUCGGCCUUCCCAGCAAGAAAUCCCUCUUCCAGAUCCAGGCAGAGCGAAUUCGCAAGGUCCAGGAGCUUGCCGCCAAGAAGGUCGGUACCAGCAGCGCUGUCGUGCCGUGGUACGUCAUGACAUCCGGCCCCACUCGCGGCCCCACGGAGAAGUACUUCCAGGAGAACAAUUACUUCGGCCUGGACAAGGCCAAUGUCUUCAUCUUUGAGCAAGGCGUGUUGCCUUGCAUUUCGAAUGAGGGCAAGAUUCUCCUCGAGUCCAAGGGCAAGGUCGCCGUUGCCCCUGAUGGUAACGGAGGUAUCUACCAGGCACUGGUUGUAUCAGACGUUAUGGGCGACAUGCGUAAGAGAGGCAUUGAGCACAUCCACGCCUACUGCGUCGACAACUGUCUUGUCAAGGUCGCCGACCCUGUCUUCAUUGGCUUCUCGGCAUCCAAGGACGUCGACAUCACCACAAAGGUGGUGCGUAAGCGCAAUGCCACCGAAUCUGUGGGUUUGAUCUUGCUCAAGAACGGCAAGCCCGACGUCGUCGAGUACUCCGAGAUCGACAAAGAGACCGCCGAGGCUCAGGACGCAAAGCAGACUGGAGUCCUCAAGUUCCGUGCUGCCAACAUUGUCAACCACUACUACUCUUUCCGGUUCCUCGAGAGCAUUCCCCAGUGGGCGCACAACCUUCCCCACCACAUUGCGCGCAAGAAGAUUCCCUACGCCGAUCUCAAGUCAGGCGAGACCGUCAAGCCCGAGAAGCCCAACGGCAUCAAGCUGGAGCAGUUUGUCUUUGACGUCUUCCCCAUGCUGGAUCUCAGCAAGUUCGCAUCCAUGGAGGUGAAGCGCGAAGACGAAUUCUCGCCGCUCAAGAAUGCCCGCGGCACGGGAGAGGAUGACCCCGACACUAGCAAGCGCGACAUCAUGCUCCAGGGCAAGCGCUGGCUUGAGGCCGCCGGCGCCGUGGUAACCGGUGAGAGCACCGAGGUCGGCGUCGAAGUCUCCCCUCUCUUCAGCUACGGCGGCGAGGGAUUGGAGAAGUUUAGCGGCAAGGAAGUCAAGGCCCCUGCUGUGUUGGAGAUUGAGUGA